CUACUACCAUUAAAUAGUCAUAGUCACAGUGAGAGACUGACUAGAGUGUACUUAAAGUUGGAAUCCGGAAAACAUGUCUACCGUGAAGCCACGUUUUACCUAUUUCGCCGGCAGAGGACUGGGAGAAGUUACCCGCUUGGCUUUGAAUGCUGCUAAAGUGGAAUAUGAUGACAUUUACCUCCAAUCCAGAGAAGAAUUCUUACAGUUGAUCACAGAUGAUAAACUUUUGUUCAAGCAAGUUCCUCUGCUGGAGGUAGAUGGCCAGAAUCUAACAGGGAGUGAGCCCGUUCUUCGCUAUGUCUGCAACAAAUACAACUUCCAAGCAAAAUCUGAUGAGGACCAAGUCAAACUUGAGAUGUUAUGCAUGGGGGCGAGGGAUAUGCUAAAAUCAGGACUCUCCGGCGCCCAGUUCCAGAAAACACGCGAGGAACAAGAAGCGAUGCUACAAGGUGCUGUCAAACAAUCCAAGAAUAGAUACUUUCCAGUCUUCGAAAAGGUCUUGGGUGAGAGUAAGUCUGGAUUCCUAGUAGGAGAUUCCCUUACCAUGGCUGACUUUAUGUUCUUUGAUGGUCUCAGCUACGUGAACGAGAUCCCUAAAAUCAAACCGUUGCUAGAUGACUUCCCGAACCUCAAGGCAUAUAUCGAACACUUUUCCAACCAACCGGGGCUUAAGGAGUACCUUUCUAGCCCCCGACGUCAUCCACCUCCCGAUGACGAGUUAGUACGGGUGGUCAAAAUAGUGCUGGACUGGUGAUCGUCAUGGUGGUCGACAACUACUUGGUAGUUAAUUUUUGUUCUCCAUUUGGCACCAAACUCAUGUUGGUUUAAGGUUUCCUUGAUUUUUGAUUGUUUGUUUUAUUUGUGAUUAAAGAGGGUUUUUUAAGCAUUCAGGCCUUCGC